AUGGUUCGCGACCUGCUCUCCGCUGUCCUUGUGGCAGCUACCCUCGCUGGUACUGCCUACGCUGGCGCCAAAUGCACAAAGGACAGCCACUGCCCGUCCGACACACCAUGCUGCUCGCUAUACGGUGACUGUGGUGUCGGCGCUUUCUGUCUCGGCGGCUGCGAUCCGCUCAUGUCCCACUCGUUCGACUCGUGUGUGCCCGGCCCCGUGUGCAAGUCGGGCACCUGGGCCCUCGACACGCUCAGCAACGUCCAGAGCAUCGACAAGUACCUCGGCGAUGCGUCCAAGAUUGACUGGCAAUCGCAGGGCAUGCCCGCCAUCUACACGGACCCCAGCAGCGGCACCAAGUCGACGCUCCUGACCAUGGCCCAGGGCACCGUCGGCACACUGAUGGCAUCGACACACUACGUCUGGUACGGCAAGAUCUGCUCCAAGCUCACCACCGCCCAGGGCAAAGGUGUCGUGACGGCCUUCAUUCUCAUGUCCGAUGUCAAGGACGAGAUUGACUUUGAGUGGAUCGGUGUCGAUACCGCCCAUGUCCAGUCCAACUACUACUCCCAGGGUGUCACAGUUUACACUAACGGCAAGAACUUGACCGUAGACGGAGGUAACACGGUCGAAAGCAUGCACGAGUACUGCAUCGACUGGAAGCCGGACUCCCUCACCUGGUCCAUCGACGGCCAAGACACGCGCACUCUCGACCGCAAGGACACAUGGAACGGCACGUCUGGCCGCUUCGACUACCCCCAGACUCCCGCCCGCAUCAUGCUCUCCCUCUGGCCCGCCGGUCUGCCCACCAACGACAAGGGUACCGUGAACUGGGCUGGUGGCGAGAUUGACUGGAACAGCCCCUACAUGCAAAACGGCUACUACUACGCCCGCUUCCAGGAAGUCACCGUCGACUGCUACGACCCGCCACCAGGCAUCCAGACCCCCGGCUCCAAGAGCUACAAGUACACCGAUGCAUCCGGUACCAACAACACCGUCCAGAUUACAAACGACCAGGUCAUCCUUGGCUCGCUCAUGGGUACCGGCGAGGACCCCGGCGAAGCGCCCAAGUCCGGUGGUGCCAAGCCGACAGCAACAGAUGUCGCCAACGUCCCUGGUGGCAACGUUGGAGGCGGUAACCGCGCCGAGGAGACAUCGACACAAGCGGCUGCCAGUGGAACAGGGAGCGGCGCUCAGGCCACAGGAGAUUCCGGCACAGUGGGCGGCGGUGGCUCCACCGAGUUCAGCCAGGGCGGCAGUGCGCAGCAAAACACGGGCGCGGGAGCAAGUAUCGAGCCCAGCCUGGGUGGCUCGAUUCUUGCUGUCGUCGGUGCUGUUCUUGGUCUCGCCGCGCUGUUAUAG